GUCUGACCAAUCACAGGUUGAAAUGUCAUACUUCCCGUUUUUCUUCCUUGUAUGACUGUUUAGCUUGAUAUUCAGCUGCUGUUACUCUUAGCCAGUGUUUUUGAUAUUUUAAGUUUUGUUGUUUGUUUGUUUGUUUUUCAUGAACACCGGUACCUAAAAAAUAUCCAGUAUGGCUUCUCAAGCGGGGCCGAGAGCAGCAGGCACAGAUGGCAGUGACUUUCAGCACCGGGAGCAGGUUGCUUCUCAUUACCAGAUGAGUGUCGCCUUGAAGUCUGAAAUCCGUAAACUCAACACCGUCCAUCUUCUGAUCUGGGUACUAAUGACGGCUCAGGUGACAGUGAGUCAGCUGAGCCUAGUGUCCCACAAGAUAGUGGCCUCUCCAUACCAGUGGGAGUUCCCUUACCUUCUGAGCAUAAUUCCUACAAUCUUCAGCUUCUUGGCAUUACCUCGCAACAACAUUGGGUACCUGGUAAUCUCUAUGAUCAGUGCGGGGCUAUUUUGCGUGGCCCCGCUGAUCUACGGCGGUAUGGAGAUGUUUCCUGUGGCACAGCAGCUCUAUCGGCACGGCAAAGCGUACCGCUUUAUCUUUGGCUUCUCUGCCGUGACGGUCAUGUACCUGGUGAUCGUCAUUGCCAUACAGGUGCACGGCUGGCAGAUUUACUACAGCAAGAAGCUGCUGGACCAAUGGUUUAUCACCACGCAGGAGAAGAAGAAGAAAUGAGGUCACUGAAAGCAUGCCUAGUGCUGAGAUGUUCUAUCUUGUAGGCUUGUGGGAUCCUAGAGCUGAGAUGUUUUUUUUGUUUGUUUGUUUUGUUUUUGAAACCCAGCCAUUGAUUUGUUGCAGUGAGCUAGUGAAGACAAAGAGAAGAGGCUCCCAGAUGUAAUGUCAUCAACCUUUCUAUGUUUAUAUUUGAUUAUUGUUCAGCUGUUUGCAGAAAACCUGUCCUUAGACAACUGGUGAGUGCUGCCAUCAUUCUGCACCUUAAUCCAUCAUAUAUUUGUUAAGCUGUAUGUACAUUUUAUUACAAACAUGUGACUGAACAGACACCAAAAUAUGUUAAAUAUUUCUAAAUCUCAUGUAGUGUACCUAUAUGGUAUAAAUGUUAUAACUAUAUAGAAUAGCAUUUAACUUUCAUUAUAGCAAAUCAGUUCAGUCAAAAGGUGAUAUCAACCUGCUCAACUCAAACUGAAUUAAUUUAUAAUUGUAUAAUGUGCAGAAAUGUGCUAGAAUUGUUAAGUGAAACCUAUUGGUUUUUCACUGUUUUUGGACACUGGUGGCAUUUUUGUGUUUUUACAUAAGGAAUCCCUGUUUUUCAGAAGUAGUAAGUCCUUAUUAAAGUAUUUCCUCAAUAGCUUUGGCUCCAAAAUCUAUACAGUUCUCAGAGAUUAUCAUGUGUUUGUCCAAACAGUUUAAACAUAUACCACAACUCUAUAGUUCAUCAGCAAAAGGAUAUACUGUGUUACAAAAAUAAAUGUCAACCCUGUCAAAAUGAAAUGUUCCGUUAGCACCGCGUAAGUCAAAGUUCUCAAAAUGAUCAACUGUUUUGUCAGAACAAUGGAACACUUACGUUUGAAGUAAUGUGAGAAAACAAUUUUAUUGUCCUGGAAUAUGUGAAAUCCAUACAGUAUAAGUGAGAAAUAAAACACUGGCACAGCA